UAUUCGUGGAUGUCACUUUCAAUGGACCGAUUUAGGAAAGUCUGUAUUAGUCCCAGAUAAACUUUGAGUGAGAUAGCCAGUGCAGACCCCAUUGCACUCAACGCUGAGGUGAGACCGUGGGUCACGCCUGGCCUUGUGGGGUCAGUCUGUGCUCGGGCACUGACUAUUGUACACUGAACAAUGUGAGUAUGUGAGGCUAUCACUUACUGCUAGUUAUGCUCUACUACCCAUGUCAUACUCUCUAAGUGGUUGCACGGGGUGGCAUGCGGCGAGUGUCUACUUUGUACAAUAGACCUGCUCAGAUCGCCUCCACUUCGCAACUUAGGCGACUUCUUUAUAUACCCCCUGCCCACUGAUAUCGGAGGUGCUGUCCCGUGUGGCAAGGUGCGACCACGGACUCAGUGCUGUCUUAAUCUUUGUGUUGUGAGCAGUACGGAAAGCACCACACUUGCAGCUGCGGUCACUGUGUGUAGGCAUCUGUCAUCAACGUUUACCUAAUAGGAUCUGAUAGACCUCAGCAUUCACCUCAUUCCAUUCGUUUUUCGGUCGAGGAUUUUAUUACGAUUGAUUCGUUUAUACAGACACGAAUGGCGAAAUUAUCUUUGAUAUGUGCUUUCGGAGCGUUGAUCAUCGGUGCGCUUGCCCAGCAUGACCAAGAACAGCAUGGUCACGCUUUCCAUGACGUCACGGAGUUCUUUGGCGCCCAAAAUGAACAACUGUCUUACAGUCAGACGACCCAAUUAAUUUGGCAUAUGUUAUACCGUGUUGGUUGCAAAGAUGAAUCCCAGUGUUCAGAGUGUCUCAAUACCACAACCGUACUCCGGUACCUCAACCUGACGAAUGAGAAUGCUUUGACGGAAACUGGCUUUCAUCAGCUUUCUGUCAUCCUCACAGUCUUCCUCCGCAACCCUCAGUCGGAGUGUGCCAAGAGCGAGAUCCACCUGGGGCGCGGGGGCCGGACGUUCUCUCAGUUCGUGGAGCAGCUGACCACGGACGCCCAUCACAAGGGGGUCAUGACUGAUGACCACGCCCAUCUAGAUCUGCACAAGGUUGAGGAUAUUCUUCACGACAUCAGCGAGUAUCACUUGCUGGGCGAGUUGGAGGUUGGAGCUAGCGGGGAGUGGAUCACUGGGCCUACACCUGAUAAGACAGCCUUUGUUAAGUGUGUCACCCCAGAAAAGCUAUUUGACGAGUUAGGCCUGAAAACUACUGCAGAGGUUGAGGGCGAACACAUUGAAGACAUGACUGCUUUACUGGUUGCCAGAAUAUUACAAGGUUUCUGCGUCAGUCCGCACGAUUUACCACCUAAACAGAACUUUCUGGCUGAAAUUUUCAGCAAAUUUGCAGACAAGACUUCAAAACUCAUUAAUGUACACGGGUUGGAGGAGUUGCUAAAGGAUAUUGGUAUUGGCGGAACAGAAGAGCACGCCGACCAUGACGAGCAUGAGGGCCACGACCAUUCUACUUCCCGAAAAAAGCGAGAGGCAGAUUCGAACUCCCUGAUGAGGAGGAAGAGGAGGGAAGCAGGGCAUAAUCAUGAUCAUGAUCAUGACAAUUCCAAUGUGACGAACUAUUGUUACUCAGCUGAACAGCUUCUGCAGAUAUUUGAAGACAACAGUACCGCAUCUCUGGACGCUACUUCGUUUGAGUCUCUCUGUCCAUCAAUCGUCCAGCAGCUGGUUUCUGGAGCUUGUACUGAAGAAAAAGAGACGAUUGUGAAAACGUCGACCAUUGCAGAAUCGUACGGAUACGGAACGUUGGCUGUGUUUAUAAUCACGCUCUGCACAUUGCUUGGGGCUGUGUUUGUCGCCAUCAAGAACGACAGUUUCAAACGACGUCUGAUGGCCUUCAUGCUAUCCAUUGCUGUAGGAACAUUGUUAGGAGAUCCAGCUCUCCACCUGAUUCCUGAGGCUACAGGAAUACAUGCACACGAAGAGGGCGCCCAUGUGCAUGACCACGACACUGUAUUGGUGGAGCCCUACGUGUGGAAGAUGACAGCGCUGUUAGCCAGUUUUUACGCUUUUUUUCUUCUUGAGCUGAUCAUGAACAAAAGUUCGGGUGGUCAUUCUCACGGACAUGAUGACUUUGACGUCCCGCCUGGAAAAAUGGAUGUAGAGGCAUUUCCUGAAACAGAAGAGGAGAAAACGGCGAACAGAGCGCUAGUAAUCAUGGUGAUCCUGGGCGACGCCCUUCAUAACUUUGCGGACGGAAUGGCCAUUGGUGCGGCGUUUAGCCUCUCGGUCACCGGCGGAAUCUCCACGUCUAUCGCCAUACUCUGCCACGAGCUACCCCACGAGCUAGGUGAUUUUGCAGCGUUGCUUUCUGCCGGUCUCACAGUUAAGAAAGCGAUGUUAAUGAAUUUCGUAUCCGGUUGUACGGCCUUUGUGGGUCUGUACGUGGGCCUCUCGGUGGGGGAGUCAGACGACGGGCGGACCUGGAUCUUUAUCGUGGCCUCUGGCAUGUUCCUGUAUGUUGCGCUGGCCAACCUGGUACCGGAGGUAAUGAGAAUGUUCCGGACCGCCAAGGAUUCUGUGAUAAUGUUUAUCUGUAUCAACGCUGGGAUUUUGACGGGAUUUGCUGUCAUGCUUGUCAUAGCCAUUUUUGAAAAGCACAUACGAAUCUGAAAGCAAUCAUAAACAGGUGACGAAUCCAACAAUAUUUAUUUAUUUAUUUGAUUGGGUUUUUACGCCGUACUCAAGAAUAUUUCACUUAUACGACGGCGGCCAGCAUUAUGGUGGGAGGAAACCGGCCACAGCCCGGGGGAAACCCACGACCAUCCGCAGGUUGCUGGCAGACCUUCCCACUUACGGCCGGAGAAAAAGCCAGCAUGAGCUGGACUUAAACUCACAGCGACCGCAUUGGUAAACCAACAAUAUAUAUACAUUCAUUUCACCUGGACUGCUAUAAUGGAAAUGUUCGAAUGGUUCAUAACGACAUAUCAAGUAUCUAUCAAUCAGUCUUUGCUGCAUCUCAUAUUCAAAACUAUGUUUUAAAUGCAUUUAGACACCUGCCUCCCUAUACAUAAAUGCAGUAAGGUACUUUAACCCAAGCAAUGGCGGCUCCGGCCCAAGCCAGAUUGACCAUUAAUUAUCCUGAUGUAAUACAGGACUCCUGUGUCAUCAGUUUGCACACAAAUCGUCAUCGCAAACGGAGAGAACAUGGCAGCAAAAAGGAUUACUAUACACAGCUUGGACCAGGAUUACUUUAUGUCGACCGGAAAUGUUUCCCAAUAUCCCGGUUACGGUAAUAUGAUUGGUCAGUCAGCGAUCAUGUGCCAGAUUGUAAAACAAGGUGUACAGUUUAAAGCCAGCUUAUUAAGUUAAUAUCAUAUGACCUGUAUAUAAUACAUUUAAUAUAUAUAUAUAUUAGCUUUCUAUGGAUGGAAUACGGUCACUUGAUACAUAUCCCCAAAUGCUAUAAUGCUUGUAUAAGAAAGUAUAUGGUGAUGUCUUUUGCAAGCACUUAUCACCACACAAGCCAAACUUUUAUAUGCACUUUCUCAUUUGUCAUUUGCACGGUGUGAUUUAUUUUUUUUAAGUCUCAGAAUAUUUUUUUCAUUUAUUGGGAUCAUAAACUGUUUGUUUCAUAUUGCUAGAAAGCAUUAACACACCAAAACACAAAGUCGUAUUGACACAACGGUAUUGUUAUGUUGCCACAGGCUGUAUUAUUUCCUAUACUAUUCGGUGUGCCUGAUCAAGAGGUAGAGCGUCCAUUCUGCUUUUACUAUAGGCUCAUACUUGUAAGAUUGAAAACUGGCAACUUCGGUAUAGUUCUCCUGGCUUCUAUCUCACAACAUGACGAAAGAAUAGGAGAAGAAUUGGCAGCUCCUUGUUAGUGUAAGGUGCCGUGCAUAUCAUGUCUAGUGACUUGGGCAUAAUGUUCCAGUGAGGCAGCACCAUGAAUAUGAGAUAUCUUCGUGGUAUUACUGAAAUAUUGUUAAAGCGACGUUAAACCCGAAUAAAACCAAGUGAUUCCUUUU